AUGGCAGCUUUCAACCUCACCACUUCUGACUCUUCAAUAUUCAUCUUAGCGGGCAUCCCUGGCCUGGAAGCUGCUCACAUCUGGAUGUCCCUCCCUUUCUUUACCUUUUACAUUAUCUGCCUGUUGGGAAAUUUCACGGUUCUAUUUGUUGUAGGCAAAGAGCAGACCCUGCACAAGCCGAUGUACCUGCUGAUCUGCAUGCUGGCACUCACAGACAUUGGCAUGUCUACCUCUGUAGUGCCUAAAGCACUGUUUAUAUUUUGGUUCAAUUUGAAAGGAAUUACUAUGGAUGGCUGUCUCACCCAGGUGUUCUUCCUUCAUGCGAUUGCUGUUAUGCACUCAGCCAUUCUUGUGACAAUGGCCUUUGAUCGCUACAUUGCCAUAUGUGAUCCUCUGAGGUAUGCCACCAUCCUCACCAAUGCACGAAUAGCUAAGCUAGGGCUUGUGGGUUUGACAAGAGCUGUUCUCUUCAUCCUGCCGGAGCCCCUGUUCUUGAGGAGGCUGCCAUUCUGUGCCAACCACAUUGUCCCCCACACGUACUGCACACACAUGACUGUGGCAAAGAUGUCAUGUGGGGACAUCACAGUCAACAGGACGUAUAGCUCAGUGACAGCGUUUGUAGUCAUCGGGUUAGACCUGACGCUCAUUGCCUUAUCCUACAGUCUGAUUGUCAGGGCCAUCCUCAGAAUCUCCUCCAAGAAAACCCACCUGAAAGCCCUCAAAACCUGCACAGCCCACAUCUGUGUGAUGGUGAUGUCUUAUACUCCCUCCCUUUUCUCCACUCUGACACAGCGGUUUGGUCAGGACAUUGCUCCCCACGUUCACAUCAUCUUGGCCAACUUCUAUUUCUUCAUCCCCCCCAUGCUCAACCCUAUCAUUUACGGGGUCAAAACCAAAGAGCUUCGUGACAAAGUGGGCAAAUACACCUGCAGAAUAUGA